UGACCUGCUGAGUGGACUAAAGAUGGGGGAGCAAGGUGGUUGGCUGGAAGCUAACAGAGGAGACUGGGCGGCCAUCUUGGAUUCCCAGACCCAGACUGGUGCAACCAAGGGCCCAGGGGACAACAUUACUGAGCAGGCCAGGACCAAAGGCGACAUAGUGGAGGUCAGUGGAUGGGACAGCGUCCUCAACUCUGGACUGGGGAACAACACUGUUGACCACUACCAGAAACAGACAGUGGAACACAAAACAACAUCUGAACUUUGUCUCCAUGACAACAGACUGGCUGAGACCAGGGCGAGACUUAGAUUUGGUCUGCGGGGAUGGGGAGGUGUCCGUAUGCAGCUGGAGAGAACAGACACAGACUUGACUAGCGAUGCUCCGUCCUGCUCCUAUAGUUGUGAUUCAGAGAGACUGAUGGGGCCUCAGGUUAACCCCAUAACAAGUGCUGCCUUCAGCCUGCCUUCUAUAGGAUCUAUCAAUUGGAACAUGGACCCUGUGACAACACAGACACUCCCUGGCCUUCGUCCUCCUCACAAUCUCCUUAUGUUAAACCAGACCUCAAACAAUGCCAGUUCCUCAACACUAAAUGGCUACACAAGCCCAUUGACAAAUGACAGUAGUAGUAAUGCUAUCAGUAGAUCCGGUGGCAAAGAGAAGCGCUUCCCGUGUUCGUUCUGUGGGAAAGCCUUCAGUUUCCCCAAACAGGUGGAGAUCCACCAGAGGAUGCACACGGGGGAGAAGCGGUUCGGCUGCCACCUGUGUCGGGCCAGUUUCACCCACUCGUCCAAGCUGAAGAGGCACCAGAGGGUCCACACAGGGGAGAAACCCUACAGCUGCCCCCAGUGUGACAAGAGGUUCUCACACCAGCACCACCUGAAGAGACACCUGAAGGUCCACACAAGAGAGAGGCCGUUUGCCUGUACGCACUGAACAUUCAGAAAAUGCACACAGGCCGUGUAUAGUAAGUAACAUGUAAUGUAGAACUAGUUAGAUUGUUUGUAGUUAAUUAUUUUGAUUUAGGAUGUAUAGGGAACUGGAUGAGGUGAACUGAGGAAAGAAUGAAUAUGAUGAGGAGUAGAUGAUAUGGUGAUGGUGUCUGUAAAAAUGCUUUGUCCCUUUAGGUUGAUAAUGUUUUAUAGUGAGAUAAGGAUAGUGCCUUAAUUCAUGUUUACUUGACAUGAAAUAGUGAAGCUGUGUGUAAUGUAAUGUUCAACCUUUUCCAAAGUAUUCUAAAAUUAAUGUUAUCAAAGCGAGGGUACCAGAAUUACAGAAAAGGUAGUGUUACCACACUGAGAAAAUGUGUUCUAUUGUUUUGUGCAAUAAAAGCACUGUACUUCA